CAUAAAAAGGUGGAAGUGAAAGUGCCAGUGUCAGUCUGUCACACAGCAGUCACAGACAUGGAUAAGUUUAAGACGGUUUUGAACAUUGCAAACCACCAAACGAACCUGGGCUUCGGGCUGGUUGCCCUGCUGACAGCCGGGGGGGAACAGGUCUUCUCCUCUGCCGUCUUCAAGUGUCCCUGCAAUGAUCUCAACUUCGUCUACGGCAUGGUGUUCCUGCUCGUGCCCGCCCUGGCCCUGCUGCUGCUGGGUUACAUCCUCAGUAAGAAGACGUGGAAGCUACUGACGGGUGUGUGCCGGCCGCGGGGCGCGCUGUGCCGCUGGAGGAGGCUGGCCGCCGCCGGGACCGUACUCUUCCAGAUCAGCUGCACCGCCGCGGUGGCGCCCUCCAGCUGGAUCGCGGUGGCUCUGCUCAACGGGAACUACUACGAGUGCGCGAUGACCGGGACCAAUGUGAGCGCGUACAACAAGUAUCUGUGUUGGAAAAAGGAAUCCGGGGUGAAGUGUCAGGAGCAGCUAUACAGGUUUCCCUGCGGGACAGGCAUCACCAAUGUCCCAAGGGAGGACAGAGAGGAUGUCCUGCUCACAGUGAGAGCUCAGUCUCAGAUCCUGGGCUGGCUGAUCAUCGCCUCUGUCAUGUUGUCCAACCUGCUGCUGACCUGUGUGGCUCGCUGCACCUCCCCCAUCAGCUACCUGCAGCUCAAGUUCUGGAGAGCAUAUGUUCAGGAGGAGAGCAGCCUGUUUGAUUCAUACAGCACUAAACACGCCAGAGAGCUCGCCGAGAGGAACCUCAAGAGCUUCUUUACCCAGAAAUCACCUGAAAACAUCAUUACCCCUUCCAACAAGGCCUGGGAAAAGAUCUCCUCCCUCUACAAGUUCAGCACCAAAGACCACUACUACAGCAUGCUGCACCGCUACGUGGAGGACCAUCACGAGACCGACAAUGAAAUGAUGAGGAUGGCUUCAGUCAGGUCAAGUGAGCCUGCUGACGACACCCCUCCUGUUCUAUGUUUUGUAGAUGAUGGCAGGAUUGCUCUGUGAUGAGGAUUCUCAGCAUUGCAGGAUUGUCUGUGUGAGGGUUGGACCAGUUUGUGGAUCCUACAGGGAUUGCACUGGUAAUGUCAGCAGGGGCGGACUGGGAUACUAAAAUCAGCCCUGGCAUUUUGUCCCAGAGUGGCCCACCACAAUCCAUCACACAAAUAUAAGUUACAUACAUAUUAUAUUAUAAGAGAGUGUACGCUUUUUUCUCAACAUUUUGAAGCAGCAGGUCUGGGGCCCUCUGCUAAGAAAUUUUGGGCAUCAAACUCUUAGGACCAGAUCCACAAAAAAUGGACCGCGCUGCUAAUAGCACCAUAAUUUGUGAAGAAUUAAUACCGGCAAUCUGCCCCACUUUAGCUCCCUAUCUACAAAACAAUUUGCACUGAUUAUAUGCCGGGGCUAACAGGCCCACAAAGUCUGGCAGCUGUGCACAAUUUGCCCUCCUUUUGCGAUUGAGUAAGUGGAUCUUUUCCCAGUUUUUUGGGUUUCUCCAUAUUUCAGAACACAGAUUGGUUCAUAAUGAAAACUGCAGAGAUCACAUAUGCUGCAGAAAGCAUCAGUUUAGUUUGUUGCCCACAGCUGGCUACGUGUUGCAGUUGGCUGCAGCGUCUCACAGCAAACACUGUACAUCCGCCUCCAAAAUUAGACAUAGGCCGUGCGCUUACACACAGUGCCGCGUUUGCUUGUGGAUAUGGCUCUUAAUUUCCCAUAUUCAUUUUUAUGGGUAAACCCUAACCUCAAUAUGUGCUUUUUCUGCAUCAAUUUACAAUGUAUAUGUGUGUGUGUGUGUGUGUGUGUGUGUGUGUGUGUGUGCAUGCAUACAUGCUUGCAAUCAUGUGUGCAUACUGUAUGUGUCUAAUAAGUCCGCAGGCACCUCGAACUAUUAUUAUAGUUGGCUUUUUUGAAAUUCCUUCUUCAAAAAACGCUGAGUUGUUUCCACUAUCACUUAUUAUUUUGUGUUCUGAAUGUUUCAUCUGUAUGAGAAUGAUGCUGAUGUUUUCUUUUGAUACUGUGUAUGUUGACAAUUUGAAAUAAAGACUUUUGCUGACAAGACGACAGUAGAUCAGGAGUUGUAUUCACAAAGCUUCGUAGUACAGAGAGAUACUCCCAGUGACAAAAUUCCCCCAAAAAUUCUUAGAAUUACGACGUUUUCUAAGAUUUUCCCCUUGAGACCCUGGCAAAGUUAUUCACAAAGCAUCUUAGCCCUUAAAAGAGCUCCUUAGGUGAAAAACUGUUAGGGGUAGGGAGGAGGGCUUCUGAGAGGUUUAAUUUAAGUUUAGUUUAGUGUAGUGUAGUUUAGUUUAGUUUAGUUUAGUUUAGUUUAGUUUAGUUUAAGUUUCUUAUACAGAUGAGAAAGUGGCAGGAAGACAAAGAGUGAAUGACAGUGUGGUGCAGGAAAAUGUUUGUGGUCAGUCAGAUUAGAGAUGCACUCACAUCUCUCACCCAGCGCAGUAACAAUAUAACACCAGAAAUAAAUCGAUUACAACACUAAGAUAUUUGGCAAAUGUAAAAAUGUAACAGUACAGCAGUGUGAUCACACAAAUGCAGCUUUCACAAUUCAUUUAAUUUCCACUGGCUGUCCACACCUUGCAGGCUCACACAAGAGCAUGUCUAUGACAACCAAUCACACCUGUUAAAAGAAUGCAUAAUACCUAGCAACAGGGUCAACCACACCUCCUCACUAAGGAUAAGUGUCUGUCUCUUCCUUGCCCAGAGUUGCUCUGAGAAUUUUCCUAAAUCACUCUUAGGCUAGGACUCCUUUUUAGAAAUGUUUAGGCUGAGUUAGGAGCUCUCUGAGAGGAUUUAUGUAAUGUUUGUGACUAUGGCUCCAGGAAACAAGUACUCCUCAAAUUAUGUAAUGAAACAAACAGAAAUAUCAUAGUUGGCAUGCUCGCUCAUUGGGAUGUCACAACAGCUCAUUUCUAGAUAAAUGUGGAUUAAUGUCAAUGUCUUAUUUUUUUAUACCUGUGUUUUUUCUUUUGUCAGUUUGUCAUUUUUCUCUGACUCAGAGGUCUUGCCUGUUUUCUGUGUUUAUUGUUUUUGAUGUUCUUCGUCCUCUGAUGGAUUUGUUGUCUGCCAGUUUUUUGACUCUUGCAUUAAGUCUACUUUCUUUGUAAUUUUUUUUUUAAAUCACUCAUCACCCAGCUGCCUCCUCUUUUCAUUCUGCGUUAAGGAUCCCAACUUGCUAUUUCUGAACGGUGACAUGGCGCCUCUAGCUUAGUUUCAGCCCUGAUGCCUGGCGCUGCUCGGCAAUUGCCAGCCUCAACCCAGGACUUGUUUUAAAUCUUGUGAUUUACAAAAUAAAGACAAAAUUAUAUUUUUGUAGGCCA